AACCAUGUUAACAAACAACAAGUUGGACUGUGGAGUGUAAAUUAUAUUUGUGAUGUUAAUAUUAAAGUGAAUAGUGCUUUGAUAUCCAUUAACUAAACUCUUAAUUGCAAUUUACCGGAAUCGCCAAGAACGACGACUUUUACUUUCUCAAUUGCAGCCAUUCACAGGUAAUAUGACUGAGGAGCGCCUAGUAACAGAGGUGCCCAGUAGUUUGAAACAUUUGGCUCGGCUUGUCGUCCGGGGGUUCUACACGAUAGAAGAUGCCCUUAUCGUCGACAUGUUAGUCAGAAACCCUUGUAUGAAGGAAGACGAUAUUUGCGAACUGUUAAAAUUCGAACGCAAAAUGCUAAGAGCCAGAAUAGCAACGUUGAAAAACGAUAAAUUUAUACAAGUCAGAUUAAAAAUGGAAACAGGUCCCGAUGGCAAGGCACAGAAAGUGAACUAUUACUUUAUAAAUUACAAGACGUUUGUGAACGUGGUGAAGUACAAAUUAGACCUGAUGCGCAAACGGAUGGAGACGGAGGAACGCGACGCCACCAGCCGCGCGAGCUUCAAGUGUCCCGCAUGUGGGAAGACCUUCACAGACCUCGAGGCGGAUCAACUUUAUGACAUGAUGACUCAAGAAUUCCGGUGUACAUUUUGUAAUCAAGUCGUCGAAGAGGACCAAUCGGCGCUACCGAAGAAGGACUCGAGGUUACUGUUGGCCAAAUAUAACGAACAGUUGGAGCCUCUGUACAUACUCCUGCGAGAAGUGGAAGGAAUCAAACUGGCACCGGAGAUAUUGGAGCCUGAACCUGUGGAUAUUAACACUAUCAGAGGAUUGACAUCAAAGCAGCCACUAGCGCGGCCUUCAGGCGAGCAAUGGUCGGGUGAAGCUACACGGAACAUGGGGCUGGCGGUGGAGGAGACACGCGUGGAUGUUACUAUCGGCGAGACGGAUACCAACGCCGACGCCGCAGCGCAGCGCAAGGAGCGCCCCGUCUGGAUGGUCGAGAGCACCAUCGUUACCAACGACCAGAACGAAAACGCGCAAUCGGCAGACGCUGCGUUGGAGAAAGCGGCGAGCAACGCAAGCAACGCCAAAGUUGCCGGCAAAGAGAAGAACGACGACAUUAUGUCUGUCUUACUGGCUCACGAGAAACAAAAUACAGGAACCUCGGCUACGAAUGCCUUGAAAGAUGAAAGCUCAGAUUCCAGCGAUAACGAAUCAAAAGACCCGUACAAACUCAAAGACGAAUUGCCUGCUGUGGCUGAAAUGGAGAGCGAGGAUUCCGACUCGGAUGACAACGCCCCUACGGUGAUGGUGAACGGCAAGGCCGUUCCUUUGACCAGCAUAGACGAUGACGUCAUCGCCCAGAUGACGCCCGCAGAGAAGGAGACCUAUAUACAAGUCUACCAGGAGUACUACAGUCAUAUGUACGAUUAGAUUAUAGGUAAGAGAAAAUGUUAUAAAUAAAACGUCAUAAGAGAA